AUGUCGUCUAUCGAGAAAGAGACGGAGUCCCAGGUGGUUAUCGAGAGCGCCGACCAGGAGGCAGAUCGCCAACUCCUGAGGAAAGUCGACCUACAUCUUCUGCCGAUAUUGACCGGGCUAUACCUUCUAAGCUUCUUGGAUCGUUCGAACAUCGGAAACGCUAAACUCGAUGGUUUGGCCGCUGAUUUGCACCUGUCUCCUUCUGGGUAUAACAACGCCCUUGCUGUUUACUUCGUUGCGUAUGUUAUAUUCGAGAUCCCCGCCAAUAUAAUUCUCAAGCGGUUCGAUCCUCAAUACUGGCUGCCCACCUUAACGUUAGCGUGGGGAGUGGUUUCCGUAGCUCAGGGCCUCAUAACCAACCAAGCAGGACUGUUUGGCAUCCGUUUCCUGCUGGGUGCUACAGAGGCUGGUCUGUUCCCUGGUGUUAUUUAUGUGUUCUCCGUGUAUUAUCGACGGCGAGAACGCCACUGGCGCGUCGCCGUGUUUUUUGGUGGUGCUGCUCUUGCCGGGGCGUUCGGAGGGGUAUUGGCGUAUCUUAUCGGCCUAAUGGACGGCGUGAGCGGCCGCCGAGGCUGGAAUUGGAUAUUUAUCAUCGAAGGCAUUAUUACAGUCGUUGUUUCCUUAGCAGCCUACUUCAUCGUGCCUACUUGGUCCACCAAGGCCAAAUUCUUGACGGAUAUCGAGCGCGAGCGGCUUCUAGCUAGAUUACGCGCCGACUCGGAUGCUGCAAAUCAAGAGGGCUUUGACUGGACUUUUGUCCGACAAGCCUUUACGGAUCAUCUCGUCUGGGCAUAUGCUUUCCUGUUCCAUGGUUUCUCAUUUGCAUUGUACACCCUAAGUUUAUUUCUGCCGACUAUCAUCGCUGGAUUAGGUUUCGCCGCAUGGAAGGCUCAGCUAAUGUCGGUACCACCCAAUGCCUUAGCGGCAUUCUCGAUUUGGGGUGCUGCUUGGGCGUCAUCGCGCUAUAAGAUGCGAGCGCCUUUCAUAAUCGGGGGAGGUAUCGUCGGGAUUAUAGGAUAUGUCGUCCUCCUUGCUACGAAGACACCUGGUGCACAAUAUGCUGGUGUUCACCUUGCAACCGCCGGAGUUUACACGGGAAAUGCACUGCUACUGAGCUGGCCCAGUGAAAAUGUAUCCGGACAGACGAAACGUGCCGUGGCGGUCGCUAUGCAGAUCACGAUCGGCGACAUCGGCGCCAUUGCAGGUGUGCUCAUCUACCGACCUAGCUUCUCCGCCCAUCUCUAUCGCAAACCGAAUAUAAUCACCAUCGGCUAUCUGGUGUUCGCUAUUGCUGUCACAACAUACCUUUGGGUGUGGAUGGCGAGAGAGAAUCGUCGGCGGGAUUGCCUGAUGCAGCAGUCGAAGGAGAGUUUGCCCGAUGACGAAGAGAGGGUGCGAUUGGGAGAUAGAGCCAUAGACUACAGAUAUCAACUUUGA